AUGCGCACCAACAGCUCGUCGUCUUUUGCGUCGGCGACUGCACUCGAUGAAAUGGGGACCGCCUCGUCAUCUGUGUCAACGAUGCAAUCUGACAAUCCUGAUUAUAUGCGAACAUUGCGUCAAUUCGGUCGCUAUUUCUCCACACGACUAGUGCAGGUGGUAGUGCAAUCCCGGACGAAUGAGAAGUUUGAUCUUGAGUGCACGCUGCCGUCAAGUAGUCCGGAUUGGUUCAAUCUCCGAAUUGAUGAGCUCGGUGAAGUCUCUGCUCAGGUGAAGCGCAGCAUUUGCAGCUUUCCUCCGGUGGCGAAGUGCAUGUCUAUUGAUUUUAUGCUGUAUACUUGCGAUGGUGAAGUAUUGCCCAUGGAGACGUGGGCUUUUUCAAUCGACGAAGAGGAACAACGGACCAUAUGGGCAGAUGACAUCAAAUCCCAAUUAUAUCUACAGCUUAGUGUGAUGCUUCGAAGUGCUAUGGUAGCCGCAAGGAUGACACCAUUGCAUAGGUCCCUUAGUGAAAACGACAGAGCUGCGAUACUCGUAAUUCUAUCUAUAUAUGCAUUCUCGACUGACGAUAGGCAGUGA